AACCCCAUGAGAAAAUCGUGAUCGCGUAGUGAUUGUGAAGUGAGGAACGGCGCCCCACGCUUGUUUAUAUAAUAAUCAGUUGCUGCCAAGAGCCAAAAGUCAAAUACCGAAAAAAUAUAUUCAUUUCUGGCCGAUCCGAUUCUUUUCAGGCAACGAAAACGAGAACAAAACGAGAAAUAUCUCCUGUUGUUGUAUGUGUGUAAUUGUUGUACGGUACCAGUGAGUGCCAGUGAGUGUCAGUGGAACGAACCAAGUGAAAGUGCUGCAAAGAAACGAAUCAAAUCCCAAGUAAAACCAAGAAAACCACACAAAUCCUGUCUAAUCAUGUCGGACAUUGAGGAUGUCUUUGGUGGCUCCGCCGAGGAGGCCAAGCCGGAACCGGCUGCGGAUUCCAACGCCAACGCCGAUGCCGAAAGCAAGAGCAGCGUCGUCACCGAACGGACCGAGGAAGUCAUCCCUGGAGAGACCGAGAAAAUGGUCACCGAGACCAUCGACGAGGAUGGAGACGUUGUUGAGGAGACAACUGAAGUCACCCGCAAGACGGUCAAGAGAACCAUGAAAAUCACUGAGACUUCAGCCACCACAAAGACAACCACGCUCACGACUCCCGCCAAGUUGUAUGGCAAGGAUCUGAGCGAGUACGAUGAUGUGGAUGUGGAGAGCCUGCUGGCCCAGCUCUCGCCUGAAGAGAUCACCAUACUGGCCAAAGAAGUGGAUCCUGAUGACAACUUCCUGCCGCCUGAUCAGCGCUGCAGCUACGAGUGCACCAAGGACGCCACCGGGCCGCUUAAUCGCAAGCAACUGAUCGAGCACAUCAACAAGCAGGCCAUCGAGACGCCCGACGAGCCGGAGUUCGAGCCGUAUGUCCAGGGCAAGGUGCGCGGCAAGAAGUGGGUGCCCCCGCCGAGGGAUGCCCGCGAGAUCGAGGCCGAGGAACAGAUCGCCAUCGACAUGGGCGACGAGUACGAGCAUGCGCUGAACGACGCCACGCAGGAGGAGAUCAUCGAUCUGGCUGCCAUCCUGGGCUUCCACUCGAUGAUGAACCAGGACCAGUACCAUGCCUCGCUGCUCAACAAGGGCCAGCCCGUGGGCAUGGGCUGGGACGGCAUCACAAAGUCCACGCAGCAGAAGCUCUUCCCCAUGGACCCGCCCAACGCCACCGACGUGGAGGAGUCGAUCAAGCGCGUCAAGGACGACGACUCCAAGCUGGUUGACUUGAACUUUAACAACAUAAAGAACAUCUCGGACGAGAAGCUCGAACAACUCUUCGCCGCACUGCCUCAGAACGAACAUCUGGAAGUCCUCUCGCUGACAAACGUCGGCCUGACCGACAAGACAGCUCUCCUGCUCGCGGAGGCGAUCGAGAAGAGCAAAACCCUGAGAGUAUUAAACGUCGAGACCAACUUCAUCAGUCCGCCCGUGAUUGUGAAGCUGGUGCAAGCCCUGCUCAAGUGCCACACCAUCGAGGAGUUUAGGGCUUCCAAUCAGCGAUCUGCGGUGCUGGGCAACAAGAUCGAGAUGGAGAUCACGGAUCUGGUGGAGAAAAACCCCUCGCUGCUGCGACUCGGCUUGCAUCUGGAGUUCAACGAUGCUCGCCACCGCGUGGCCGCUCACCUCCAGCGCAACAUCGACAGAAUCUUCCGCGUCCAGAAGCUCAAGCCCCAGCUGCCGAAGCUGAUAUUGCCCGGCAACAUGGAGAUCGAGCGCGAGAUCCACUAUCCGAACUCAGCCACACCUACGCCGUCGCCGUCGCCAUCGCCGCAGCCGCCGCCGGACUACGAUGUGGAGGUCGAUCCCGACAACAUGGUCAUCCGUGGCGGCGGCGGCGAUGCCUUCGAUCCGGAAUUCGACCCGGACAACAUGGUGGUGCCCGGCAGUCGUUCCGUCACGCCCAACUACGACGACGAGGGUGUCUAUCAAGCGCACACGAAUUAAACUGCGAUGUAUGAUCUAAGUGAAUCCCCCCACCAUCACCAGAACCAAAGAGACGAACCACCCGUUAACAAUCAAAUUACUCUAUGUAGAGACCAGAAUAGAACGUUUGACACUAUUUCAUAAUUCAAUAAGAUCAACUAACAAUAGCAGAAGCAGCAGCAACGGCAGCAGCCUCAUCGAGAAGAACAUAUUUGUGUAUCCUACGGCGAACAUACGCGUGAAACGCCUGAAUCAGCGUAAAUAAAAAGACAACACAAAGAGCAGCAACCAACCACAACAAGCAACCAGCAACCGCAACACGAUGCCACCUGAAACCAAGAACAACAACAAUCAGGCAGAAAACCAUCUCGAUGUGUGUGUUGUGUGUCUUUGUUUGUCCAACUUCUGACUACCACCAUAUUCUGAUUAACAAACCAACAAACAAGUCCAAGGAAAUGUACAACAUCAACCAACACAACCAGCAGCACACACCACCAGUUACAAGAACAAGAAGAACAAUGCCACACAAGUCCAAGUUCAAUCUAAUAGUCCCCACCAAAACAACCCAAAACCCGAACCGAUCCGAACCGAACCAAUCCAACCAAUCAACCUACCAACCAGCCAGCCCACCAGCUGUGAACUAACACCGAAGAAUGAUGUGUGAUCUCUGCAUUGGACGUCAGCGUCGCAUGGGACACCUGAGCAGGAACUACACCAUUGGCAUGUGGCAGUAGGAGGCAGGAGCUGAAAUCCACUGGACUCUGGACAUUGGAACAUACAGAGAUGCCAUCCUAAUACACACAUCUGCAAUCAUGCAAAAGUCUAAACAUAAUGUUCUCAUAAUUGUUGUUCUUACGAGGGGUUGUGCCCCGUUCAUCCCCGUUCAAUGUUUGUUGCGUUCUUCAGAUUGAUUUCGGUUCGAGUUUGUUUGUGUUCGGUUCACAUGCAUAUGCCUAUGUGCAUAAUCAUUUGUUUGUUUCGUUUGUUGGGCGAAUGUUGAUGUCACACAUAGAUACACACACACAAACACAUACACUUGUGGGGAGAGUGUGCCAGGUGCCAGGUGUCGAGUAGUGAAGUGUGGACUCUACAGAAAUUCUUUCCUUAAGCAAUUGCUCUUGAUGUUUACGCUGCAGCCUCACACACACACACACGCCCUCUGCGCAGAUCAUAUUAUUUUUUUUAUUAUACAAUCUGUCCUUCUUUUAUAUGGCAUUACCAACCGUUUUGUGGGGUAAUGCCUCACGAUUUUUAGUUUUAGUCGCACUAUUGAGGAGUGUCUUCAUGGAUGCACGCAGUACACACAAACACAUACACAUAAUAAUACUUAUAUACACUACUAUAUAUAUAUAUAUAUAUAGACAUAUAUAUGAUACAUAUAUAGCCAUGGUCUCUGAAACAAUUACUGCUAUGCUAUUGAAUUAUGAAAUUGCUUAAACAUAAAUUUAACUUAUGGUUAAACACUCAAAACAAAACAAAACACUACAAUACAAAGGAAAUACAAACGAUUGUAUAAUGUAAUGAUAUAUCGUACUUUAUAUGACAUAAUGCAA